GAAGCUCAUUCACGCAACCUAUGCCAACGCUGUGCUCGCCAUGGCGUUGGCCAAUGCGCGGCGACAAGCAAGCAAGAGGUUGUGCCCAAUUCGAUGCAUUGGAAUCUUCCUGGCCCUAGCAUUCUGUGGGCAGAAUGGCAGGGCCCUGACACCGCCGGCCGCGGGCAAGCGGAGCGUGGGGGUGCUCUGCCAAGCCGAGAAGGUCAAGGAGUCAAAGGCGAAGAAGGAAGCCAAGGAGAAGGCGAAGGUGAAGCCGAAGGCGAAGCCGAAGGCGAAGGCGGCAGCCAGCAAUGGGGAGCUCUCCCCAGAUGAACAGUGGGAGCGGCGGCGAGAUCAGAUGAUCCUUCCGGCAGCCAAAGUAGUAAGCCACGAUGGUAAGCAGGGCUCGGCUGUGGUGCUGGCACAGAAGGAGGGCACCUACGUCCUUACCUGCCAUCACGUCAUCAGGGAUUGCAUCAAGCAGAUCGACCGCUGGGACCCUGUUGAGAAGUCCUCCAAGAAGGUGGAGCAGUUCAUGCAUCCGAGCGUGGAGACCUUCUUGUACGACCCGCAUGGCCGACACCUGCAGACGGUUGUGACAUCUGCGGAUAUUGUGGCCUACCGGCAGUAUGGCGACCAGUGGAGCUUUGAGGGGGACCUGGCGCUGCUGAAGCUCAAGGCGCCGGUGGACAUCCCGGCCUGCGCGCUCAUCGGGGAGGAGGACUUCGAUGAGGUGCGGCCCCUUGACGAGGUGGUCAUGGUGGGCUGCCCAGACGCCUCGGAGGUGCCGCUGCCGACCCUAGGCCAUGUGGCCUCCCUCUCCGAGCAGAGGGCGGGCAUCGGGCUCAUGCUGUCCCAGGUCUUCGGGAACCCGGGCAGCUCGGGCAGCGCAGUGUUCCGCUUCUCCCCGGAGCGCCAGAGGUACGAGGUCAUUGCCCUCCACUCGCUGACGGACUCUCGUGGCUCGCUGACCAACGUGGGCCGGGGCAACUUCUUGCGCCUGGCGGUGCGUGCUCCGGAGAUCCAUAAGUUCCUGAGGCUGCACAGCUUUGGGCACCUGGUCGCCGAGCCCUCCGAAGGCAACACGAGCCAGGCUGAAGUCAAUGGCACAAAGACUGCUAAGGCCAAGGCGAAGAGCUCGCGGUGAGGGGCGCGGCGGUGUCGCGCUCGGGGAA